AAAGAAUUUCCCAGUUCCUGAGAACUGUGUUCCUCCUUGUAACUCUUUUAUCGCUUCUGUUUUUCCUUAUCCCCAGCUAGCUUUUGCGAGGUUGAUUUCAGCCAUGGCGUUCCCAAAUGGUCAAGCCAUGUCGGGUUCAUCAUCUCCACAGAGAAAGAUGGGAAGAGGGAAGAUUGAGAUCAAGAGGAUCGAGAACACCACGAAUCGCCAGGUCACUUUCUGUAAGCGCAGAAAUGGCCUCCUCAAGAAGGCUUAUGAGCUCUCUGUGCUUUGUGAUGCUGAGGUCGCUCUCAUCGUCUUCUCCACUCGUGGUCGCCUCUAUGAAUAUGCUAAUAACAGUGUGAAAGCAACAAUUGAGAGGUACAAGAAAGCUUGCUCAGAUUCGUCUGGUGCUGGAUCCACUUCUGAAGCUAACGCUCAGUAUUAUCAGCAAGAAGCUGCCAAACUGCGUGCUCAAAUCAGUAACCUGAGGAAUAACAACAGGCAAAUGAUGGGGGAGACUCUGGCAGGAAUGAACGCUAGAGAACUCAAAAACUUGGAGGGUAAGUUAGAGAGAGGCAUUAGCAGAAUUCGUUCCAAAAAGGUACGAUCUUUUUUCUUUCUUGUCUUCUCUUGUUGUAUGUGUGGAUUUUAUAGUUUUUUUCUGACUUUUUCUUCUUCCCUUGUGGCGUUUCUUCCCAAACACUUGCACCAGAAUGAACUUCUGUUUGCAGAAAUCGAGUACAUGCAGAAAAGGGAGGUAGACUUGCACAAUAACAACCAGCUUCUUCGAGCUAAGAUAGCUGAGAGUGAGAGAAACCAGCAGCAGCAGCAACAUAACAUGAAUGUGUUGCCUGGAGGCUCAAACUAUGAAGCAAUGCAGUCUCCAAAUGAGCAUCAGUUUGACUCACGAGGCUUCUUCCAAGUCACUGGUUUGCAACCUACUAAUCACUACGCUCCCCAAGACCACAUGUCCCUUCAAUUAGUGUGAUGUACUUGUGACAUAUUUAAGAACUUCUGCUUCUUGUAUUUUGGCAUAAUGAUGGCAGAUGAAUGCUAGAGCUUAAACGCAACAAAUAUAUGUAUAAGCAGAAUUGUGUGAGAAAGAUAUAUAUUUUGAUGUAUUAGUUACCUCUAUGUACUGGCUUUAUUUGUAGACAUUAAUGAUAGCACUGAAUAUUCUGUAUUCAUGCUGAAAGCUGCUUAAAUUUGUGUUUAGCAUGAUAUAUGGAGAAGACAGCUUGACAUGUUU